GCGGCGGCGGGGGCUGCUCGAAGGGCAGGAAGAAGAACGGGCGACACCGGGGCGGCAAAGCCAACAACCCGCCUUACCUGCCGCCGGAGGCAGAAGAUGGGAACAUAGAAUAUAAGCUGAAACUUGUCAAUCCUUCUCAGUAUCGCUUUGAGCAUCUGGUCACGCAGAUGAAGUGGCGACUACAAGAAGGCCGUGGUGAGGCAGUGUACCAGAUUGGCGUAGAGGACAACGGCCUGCUGGUAGGAUUGUCAGAAGAGGAGAUGCGCGCCUCUCUCAAAACACUGCGGCGGAUGGCUGAGAAAGUAGGAGCUGACAUCACUGUGCUCCGUGAAAGAGAAGUGGAUUAUGACAGUGAUAUACCCAGGAAGAUAACAGAAGUUCUAGUCCGAAAGGUUCCAGAUAACCAGCAGUUUCUAGAUCUGCGGGUGGCUGUGCUUGGAAAUGUGGAUUCAGGAAAGUCAACCCUACUUGGUGUCUUGACACAAGGAGAGCUAGAUAACGGGCGAGGGAGAGCUCGUCUCAAUCUCUUCCGGCACCUGCAUGAGAUCCAGUCUGGGAGAACAUCCAGCAUCAGUUUUGAAAUUCUUGGCUUCAACAGCAAGGGAGAGGUGGUAAACUACAGUGACUCACGGACAGCUGAAGAGAUCUGUGAGAGCUCUUCCAAGAUGAUCACUUUUAUUGAUCUGGCUGGCCAUCAUAAGUAUCUGAAAACCACCAUCUUUGGGCUCACAAGUUAUUGCCCAGACUUUGCAAUGCUGGUAGUGAGUGCCAAUACUGGCAUUGCAGGCACAACACGAGAACAUCUAGGCUUGGCGAUGGCCCUCAAGGUCCCUUUCUUCAUUGUCAUUAGCAAAGUGGACUUGUGCUCGAAAGCUACUGUGGAGAGGACAGUGAAGCAACUGGAGCGGAUCCUGAAGCAGCCUGGCUGCAAUAAGCUCCCUUUGCUGGUCACAUCGGAUGAUGAUGCUGUUACAGCAGCACAGCAGUUUGCGCAGUCUCCCAACAUUACUCCCAUCUUCAUCUUGUCUAGCGUUUCUGGAGAGAACCUGGAUCUCCUGAAGGUCUUCCUUAACAUCCUUCCUCCACUGACAAACAGCAAAGAACAGGAGGAGCUCAUGCAACAGCUCACCGAGUUUCAGGUAGAUGAAAUCUACACUGUACCGGAGGUGGGCACUGUUGUUGGAGGAACCUUGUCCAGUGGGAUAUGUAAAGAGGGAGAGAACCUGGUGGUUGGCCCGACCGAUGAUGGCAAGUUCCUUCAACUGAAAGUGUGCAGCAUCCAGCGCAAUCGUUCGGCGUGCCGUGUGCUUCGGGCUGGACAGGCUGCCACACUGGCUCUUGGACACUUUGAUCGCUCACUACUGCGCAAAGGCAUGGUGAUGGUCAGCCCAGAGAUGAAUCCCACCAUCUGCUCAAUAUUUGAAGCGGAAAUUGUUCUGCUCUUCCACGCCACAACUUUCCGGAAAGGAUUCCAAGUAACAGUCCAUGUUGGGAAUGUGCGGCAAACAGCAGUUGUGGAGAAGAUCCAUGGGAAGGAUAAACUGCGAACAGGAGAAAAGGCUGUGGUUUGUUUCAGAUUCAUUAAACAUCCUGAAUAUUUGAAGAUAGGAGCCAAACUACUGUUCCGUGAAGGAGUCACCAAAGGCAUUGGACAUGUCACUUACAUCCAAGCAAUUAACAUUGGAGAGAAUGGCUUGGAGCAGGGCUUGGAUUCUGAGUUGGUCAGUUUCUGACUCUUGCCACACCUGUGAAAUUUCCUCCUGGUAGCAAUAGAGGAAGGGAAGGAUCUUUUCCUGCUAUGCAGAGUUGCUGCUGGCCUCUCCAGAGUAUGUGGGCACAUGGCCUCUUCUACACAGAAGCCAGAAUCACCUCUCAGAUUGAGUGCCCUUCCUGGAGCAAGAUAAGCAUGUUGUUUGUACAUCACCUGCUGCUUCCAUAUCCUUGCCUUUCCUGGAAUAGACAAGAAAGUGACUGCAUUUUGGCCUGGGCUUGCAACUUCUGGUUUUGUUGACUUCUGUUGGAGACUUGUUUCCAGGUAAACGGCACUGCUCUUAAGUGUGUUGGACUGCAGUUUGGGAAUCCUGCCACCUAGGAGGCAGCUGUAGUGGACCCUUAUCUCUCCACAGGGCUCAGUCCUUUCGGUGGCCUGCUGCCUAUGGCAGAUGAAGAGCCAUGUCUAGAGACUGCAGCUGAAAGUUUUGCGAUUCCUACAGCACAACUCAGGAUGUUUCUUUAAAUUAUUGUUUUCGUUUUAACCUAAUGGCUUUCCCCCACCUCCCCUGUGCCCAUCUCUUCGUGUGCUGACUGAUCUGCUACUGCCACAGUCUUAUUUUUAAAAAGGGGGAGUGGUGGGAAAGUGGAAGAAAGAUAUUUAUGCCAAUCUUUAUCUGACGGCAGCUACAGUCCCCGUCACAUGACUAUAAUGCUCUUCUACUCCAAAGUGUUCUUUGACAGCCAUUUCUCCCACCGAAGAGCUGACCAGGCCCUAUAUGUGAAGUGGUUUUCCUCAGACACUUCUUGUUCUUUUUGCUGGCUGUUUCCCGACCUGAGCUCAUUAGCAACUUUGAACUGUCUGUCUUUGCUGAUGGAUAUGUUGGCAUCCUAGACCAAUCUGUUUCUCAGGAAACAUGCCUUCAUGGUCAUAGAAUUAAGGGCUGUUUGACCAUCACAGAGAAGAUAUCAAAUGUUAAACUUAUUAACUGCAGUAAUUUGCCUAUAUUACUGAUGCCCACUACAGAAAACCAUCCUGAUACCUAAGAUUCAGUCUAAGUCUGCUGAGUUAGCAGUGGAAUAGGGCACUUCAUAAGCAAUGAAGAAUGUUUUGUUUUCAGGUUCCUUUCAAUUUUAGAAAUUGGCAACGCUAUUCUUUUACUUGACUUAAACUGGGCAACUACAAGGAAUUAGGUGGCUUGUUCUUUUCUGACCUUGUAGGGUUGCAUCCCAUUCCCUUUGAAACCCCAGAAGGGUUCCCUCCCCCGCCCCCAAAUAGUAAAUUGUAUGCUAGAAGCUUUUGGGGAGUUAUGACUUGCCAGUCAAACAUAAAGGCAUGCCUUCUAAUUAAAGACCUUUGCAGCUUUGGAGGAAAAAAGAAAAGGGGGGUGAGAAAAAGCCACUUGACCCAGGGAGGAUCCAAAUAGCUGAACCAGCAUUGCCUGUAAAAAGGCUGAGCUGUUACCUCCUGAAACCCUCCCUUUCCUGCUGUUUCAUCACUGUCCUACAGUUGCUGGUUUAUUGAAAGUAACUGCUCUUGCAAUUUAAUGUAUUACCAUUAGAAUCGUUUUACUCCCCAAAUUUCUAGCAUUAUUAUGCUUUUUAAGCAAAACCCGUGAUCAUUUACCUUCUUGGUAAUAAUCCUUUCAAUGCCAAGGGUGAUCAGGCACUUAUAAAGCAGUUCUAAACUUGAUCUCAUUAUCCUGGUUAUUUGCUAGUAAAAUGGUUUCCCUCCCGUUUUCCUUUUAAAUGUUUGGGUUGGUGGUUCUGUGUUUGGAUCACCCCUUUAAAGAAAAGAGAGAAAAGGAGUCUUUUAUUGGUUUCUGACAGGGCUUGUUGUAGUACAUUGCCAUUUAAAGUUUGUCCAAUGUAGAGAAAAAUGCUUUGUCUGCAUUUUAGUGAUGGUGAAGUUGACCAUUGCAAACACAAACAUACAAGGUGCUCUUUCCUCCUGUACUUCCUGACAUUUGCCUCCGUCCCUUGUCUUCUGUUGUGAGAGUGUUUUAUGUGCCAUGCUUAUUAACCGUUUGUGAAUUCUUUGAGGUGUUUUCCUCUCUCUAUAUAUAAUGUACAAAUAAAAAUGUUUUAUUGAAAAAACAAAGCUGU